GACAAUAUUAACUCCUCCAAUGACCAAAGCAAAACAGCCAGCCAACCAACCUCUGAGUAGUAGUCACACCAUGACACCAAAGGAAGGAGUAGUCACUGGCCACCAAUGAUUUGCAGUAGUAACAGAUAUAGGUCUUAGGCCUCCCUGAGAGGCUGAGAGAGAGAGAGAGAGAGAGAGAGAGAGAGAGAGAUUUGGUGUUGGAUAGGAGAAGAGAGUGGAGACAGUGGGGGUGAGAGGAUUGGAAGCAUCCAGAUUCUGAAUCUCCUGCAAGCCUACUUCCUGUUAUCUUCUUUGGGCUUUCAGCAAGCAUCCAUUGUGAUGCACUGGCCAGUGGAUGAUAAAGCCAUCAAUCAACUGAACCAGCAUGAGCUCCCAGAGUGUUGUUGCAGUGAAGCAGAUUACUGCUCCGGACAAAAUAGUGGAAACCUGUCCAUCCACAAAACAUUCUGCACAUAAGCUGUUCGAUGUUAAACCGGAUUUUCAAGGGUUGAUAGAUGACAAUUUGUCAUCCUCCAGUCAGUCCUCAAGCAUCAAGAUUGAGCUGAUCAGAUCAUCAAGCUUGCCAAAUAUACUGCCGUUUCAGAAAAGAAGCUCUGAACCUGAACCUGAAAGUCCACUGUCUCAUGUUUCACAUCCCAAUGUUUCAGAGCCAGUUUACUCAAAUUCUUCAACCUUCUGCACAAGUUUGUUUUCGUCGUCGUCGAUGGAGACGGAGCCGUGCCGGCAAUUGGGCACUCUACCAUUCCUGCCUCACCCUCCUAAGUGUGAGCAGCAGGUUUCAGCAGGGCACUCAUCAAGCUCCUCCCUGCUAGUACCUGGUGGUGAUGGUGAUAUUGGCAAUGCUCAUGAUGAACCUGAACAGUCAGAUGAUCUGAAGGAUUUCCUCAAUCUCUCUGGAGGAGAUGCUUCUGAUGGCAGCUUCCAUGGAGAAAACAAUGCCAUGGCUUUUGCUGAGCAGAUGGAGUUCCAGUUCUUGUCUGAGCAGCUAGGGAUUGCCAUCACUGACAAUGAGGAGAGCCCUCGGUUAGAUGACAUAUACGGCACGCCGCCGCAACUUUCAUCACUUCCAGUAUCAUCUUGCUCCAACCAGAGUGUACAGAAAGCAGGAUCUCCUGUGAAAGUUCAGCUUAGCUCGCCUCGGUCAUCUUCGGGAUCCGCGACAACUAACAAGGCGAGGUUGAGGUGGACACUGGAGCUCCAUGAGCGUUUUGUAGAGGCUGUGAACAAGCUAGAUGGACCUGAAAAGGCAACUCCUAAAGGUGUGCUGAAACUUAUGAAAGUAGAAGGCCUGACUAUCUACCAUGUAAAGAGUCAUUUGCAGAAGUAUCGCCUCGCAAAAUAUCUCCCAGAGACUAAGGAAGACAAGAAGGCAUCCUCAGAGGAUAAGAAAUCUCAGUCAGGUAGCAGUGGAAAUGAUUCAGUCAAAAAGAAGAACUUACAAGUGGCAGAAGCUCUACGAAUGCAAAUGGAGGUUCAGAAACAGCUUCAUGAACAGUUAGAGGUGCAAAGGCAACUGCAGCUGCGAAUCGAAGAACACGCAAGAUACCUGCAGAGAAUACUGGAAGAGCAGCACAAGGUCAGCAUCAGCAGCAACUCCCUCUCACUGAAACCCCCAGCCGAAUCGCAACCGGAAUCGCCAAAACCAACAUCAGAAAAGAAGGAGGCCGAAUCCGAAGCAGGCGCCGCCACUUCAGCUCAGCCAUCAUCCGAGGAUAAAUCACCAGACGCAGAAUGCAAGUCGUCGCCGCCGGUGGGUAGCAAGAGAGCUAGGGUUCAUGUCGGCGAUGAGCACCAGUGUUCAUAGCUUGUGUAGAGAGGAAGAAGGCAAGGAUUUCUCAGCUGCAUGCAAAUGCAUCUCUCUUCUUGAGAAUUUUAGCCACUGUAUAUAAAUUUGGACUUUUGGGGAAUGAGAAUCUGAAUUUGGAAGCAGAUAAAUUAUAAUCAAAAAUCAAAAUAUGGACUUACAAAA